ACGCCGCGCUCGCCGCCACGACGCCCCGCCCCGCCACGACCCAGACCGCCGCGCGCAGCGUGCGUCCACACGUCCCGCCGGCGUGCGCAGUCCCCCGCCGUCACCGCCGUCACCAGCGCGCCAGCGUCACGCGUCGGGACAGUGGCGUGUGACGACGCCGGUGCCGGAGCAAGUGCGGUUGCGUUGUUGUUUCUGUCGUCGUCGUCCGGAGAAGAGGCACAGUCGACGAACAGGUCCUGCGGGUGCUUCGGGCGGGCCGUCCUGGCCGUCGGGGUCCUGCCCAGCAGGCUGCCGAGCAGCAGGCCCGACCGCCGGUGACAGCGGCUCAGCGAGCACCGCCACCGCCAGCAGACAUGGGGCGCGUCAAGGAGUACUGGAAGCCCGUCGCCGUGGUGCUCUCCGCCGUUCUUCUAUCAGGCGCUGUGCAGGUCGCGCUGGCUCGGGUGACGCGGGAGGAAGUGGUGCUGGUGUCUGACGGUGGAGGAGGCGGCGGCGUGGCCAUCGAGAUCAUGCCGCAGGACAGCAUCGUGGCGCGCUUCGUCGGCGACAACCACGUGGCGACCUGCAACACCAGCGACGGCUCCAAGCCGCGCUGGUACGUCGGCCGGCCCGGCGAGGCCAAGGCCUCCAUACGCGGCGGCACCGGCGGGUCGCCGGUGCAGGACGCCGUGUGGCGAGGCUCCGGCAACGGGCUGCAGAUCGUCAUCAGCAACAUCGGCAAGAAGGACCGCGGCGAGUACUGCUGCCGCCUGUCGGAUGUCAAGCGUGCUAGCGAGAAGUGCUUCGAGCUCACCGUUAAAGAGCCCAUCGAGUUUCUGGACACGCCGACGGAACAGGUGGCCACCGAAGGGCUUCCCUACGUCAUCAAGUGCGAAGUGACGGGCGACCCCACGCCCGAGAUCCAGUGGAAGGUUCGGGGUCAGCUCUGGAAGGGCGUCCAGGGCGGCCGCUUCGAUCAGAUAGCGGACGGGCUCAGCAUCACCCGGGUCUCGGUGUCGGACCAGGGCUUCUACGAGUGCGCCGCCAUCCAGAUGUCGGAGCAGGUCACCGGCCAGCAGACCCGCAACAUCAGCCUGCGCGUGCGCCACAAGCCGACCUUCCUGGCGGCGACGACCAGCUCGCCCGUCUACGGCUACCUGACGGGCGAGGUAAACCUGACCUGCGCCGUGACGGCCGACCCGCCCGCCACCAUCUCGUGGUACCCGGAGCGCGACCGGCAGCAGAUGGUGGAGCCGCUCGCGUCCAGGGUCAUCAACGAGGAGAACAGGUCCACGCUGAGGGUGAAGCUGAGCAACAUCACGGUGUUCGGCAAGUACACGUGCAUCGCCCGCAACCAGCUGGGCAACGUGACGCGCAUCAUCCAGCUGCAGCAGGGCCUCAAGCCCAACCCGCCGCGCGUCGUCGUGCUCACCUCGGCCUCGGCCACCACGGCGCAGCUGGACGUGAGCUCGCCCGUGGUGGGGCCCAAGGUGCAGCACAGCACGCAGAAGAGCGGCAGCAACACCGGGGGCAGCAGCAGCGCCGGCGGCGCCAGCAGCAGCGGCGGCAACAGCAGCAGCAAGAGCAACGGCGCCAACGACACGCUGGGCUACCGGGUGCGCCUCACCCGGAUCACCAACGGCACGUCCUACUCGUUCGAGCAGGAGUGCGAGCCAGCGCCCUGCCGACUGUACAACCUCACCCCGGGCUCCAACUACACGAUGCGGAUCGCCACCAAGGGCCGGGCCGGCCUCUCGGACUGGGUGAACGGCCCCAUGUUCCAGACGGCCAUGGGCGCGGCCUCGGCGCUCGCCCCCAACCUGGUGGCCGUGGCGCUCUUGCUGGUCGCCGCCCUGGCCGGGACCCCGCUGGGCGCCGCCCGGUCGUAAGGCCGGGUGCCGCGCGUGCUGCUGCUACGCGCGCCGAUGCCGCUCCAGGACGACAACGACGACGACGUCGUGGACGCGGCCAGGAUCGUCGCCAGCCACCCGCCUGCUCCGGGCGAGGCCCGCGCGGCCUCCAGGCAGCGCUCCAGUGCCUCCAGUCGAGCCCGGCCGCGAGGCUGAGCGAGCGCUGUGAGCGCUGCUAACGGCUGGAACGGGCUGGAGUGGGCCGCGGAGCGCUGGCAUGCCCCGCCAUCAUCUCCACACAGAGCGUCCGCUGGAGUGUCGUUUUCCGAUUCCAUUGUGCGCCGCGCGGGGCGCGCUCCUCAUCGUGAUCACCGUCAAUCAAAAGAUUGUAAAGUAUUUCCCAAUCAGAAUCUGUGUAUAUUGUUUAUUUUGCUGUGAUUCUCUCAUGAUUUAGCCGGGCCUGCUUGGCGCCGAGCCGCGGGGGCCUCUCUGUCAAACAGCGUCUUCGUCGCGAGGCGAGGACGCGCGCGUGCUCGGCCCCCUUUUUCGUUAUUAUUUCUUUUCCUCGACUAUAAAAGAGAAAAGCGACACGUCGUCGCCUCGCAAGGACGAAGCGAAGAGGCCGCAUCGUACUAGACUUUUCUUGCCUCGCGGGUACGUGCGAGUAUGAGUUUGUGUGUGUGUAUGUGUGUGUGUAUGUGCGGGCGCAUGCGUGCGUGCGUGAGUGUGUAUGUUUGCAUUCGUGUGAGUGUGCAAGUGUGUGUGUGUGUGUUUACUGUGCCUUGGCGUGCGCGUGAGCGCGGGCUUUGCUGCCACGCUCAAGUUUAACUCGUGUUUGUAUUCGAUCCAACCCCUCGGUACACAGUGCCGAGGAAGAGACCAAAGCCAGCCUUGGUCCGCUAUUUGCGCUGCUCUGCCCCGCCCCUGCUCAGCCGCCUCAUUCUGGGCCGAAUCCGAGCGCGGUUCUAUGUGCUGGAUUAACGUCGUUUGGCAGUCGCAGUUUGAGGUCGACGGCCUUUCUUUGUUUCGCCUGUUUCGUCGCUCCUUAUACAUUUUUUUUGGAAAUGUGUCUUACUGUGCCAUGCUAAUCGACAAGCGGGCAUAAAUAAAAUUCACGAAUGGCUAGUUAUUUUUAACAAUAAUCGUUAGUUUUGGCGGGAGGAGCGGGUCGCGAGGGCGAGGCGAGCGCAGCGCGUGCCGAAGGCAGCACCGAAGCCCCUGCACGGGGAGUGAGACGGCUUCUGGAACUGAAUUAUUUUUGGAAGUGUAGAAGGCACGAAUUGCGAGUGAAAAAUUAGCUUAGAGAUACGAAAAAAUAAUUGUGAUUGGACACAAAACAAAGAUUUGAAUGGUCUCGAUAUAUUUUUUAUGAAAUUAGUUACUGAUAAAACUAUGAAAGCUCCUUGUCUGUUUAUGUUCACGCGCCUUUGUUCUCAGGAUACUAGACAACUUUUCUAGCUUUCCCAAAACAAUUGCAUCCCCAUUAUAUUCUCAAUGACCAUUAGGUAGUCGACCCUAGUCCGCCCCCCAUCAGACACCUGUUACAAAAUUCAUUACCAAAAGGACCCCCGGCCCAACCAGCCUCUACCGGUCCUCCUUCAGGUCAACCUAAGUUCACUGCCCCCCCCCCUUUUCCCCACGAGAGGUCGAAGCUAAACUCGGAUUAAAAUCCGUGACUAGUGGGUGAACGCUCGGGACGCGGGGGAAGAGGUGAGGAAGCGCGCCGGGGCCGGGGCAGAUUCAACAGCCCGCCGGCCUUUGAGCCUGCCACGGUUUUGAACUUCCCUCCCCAGUCCCGGGCGACGCACACAGGUCCUGGUCCGGCCCCCACUUGCCCCUGGAUUUCAUAAAGCCCAUCCCCUUUGGAAUGGGGAGAGGAGAGGCCGGGUCGUUUUGAUAUGGGCCUGCCUGGGCUGGCCUGGGCAGGCCGGGCCAGGUCCUCUGCUCCACGAGCUGGCGCAGCCCAGCUGUGCGAGGCUAGAGGCGAGGGUCGCACCUGCCGGCCUUCCCCGUGGGAGCGACAGAGAGAGAGCCCCCCCCCCCCCCCCC